CAACGUAAUUGCUUUGCUUUAUUACUUUGCAUGUUUUUGGCUAUCUUACCUUUAAAUCAAUCUCACUCUUUCAACUACACCCAAACCCUCUCCAAAAGCCUCCUCUACUUUGAAUCACAACGCUCCGGCCGGUUGCCCCACAAUCAAAGAGUCACCUGGCGCUACCACUCCGCCCUCACCGACGGCCUCGAACAAGGAGUGGACUUGGUGGGAGGGUAUUAUGAUGCAGGUGACAAUGUGAAGUUUGGUUUGCCAAUGGCAUUCACUAUAACAAUGCUCUCUUGGGGAGUUCUUGAGUACGGCGGAGAUAUGGCCGGCGCCGGCGAGUAUGAUCACGCCCUGGAGGCCAUCAAGUGGGGGACGGAUUAUUUCAUCAAAGCUCAUACUCACCCCAAUGAAUUAUGGGUUGAGGUGGGUGAUGGAGACACCGAUCACUACUGUUGGCAGCGGCCGGAGGACAUGACGACGUCAAGGCGAGCGUACAAGGUGGACGAGAAAAACCCUGGAUCGGAUGUGGCGGGGGAGACGGCGGCGGCAAUGGCGGCAGCAUCAAUUGUGUUUAGGAAACUAAACCCACAUUACUCUAACCUACUAUUGCGCCAUGCAAAACAGUUGUUUGAGUUUGGUGACAAGUACAGAGGGAAAUAUGAUAAUAGCAUUGAGAUUGUGAAGGGUUACUAUCCGUCGGUGAGUGGGUUCAUGGAUGAGUUGUUGUGGGCUGCUUUGUGGCUCUACAAGGCCACAGACAUGGAGGUUUAUUUGAAGUAUGUGCUGGAAAAUGGGCAUGGUUUUGGUGGGAUCACUUGGGCCAUUACUGAGUUUAGCUGGGAUGUCAAGUAUGCCGGUAUUCAGAUCAUCGCUUCCAUGUUGAGGGAAGAGAAAUACAAGGAGCACAAGCAUGUACUAGAACAAUACCGUUCAAAAGCAGAGUAUUAUCUUUGUGCAUGCCUCAGCAAGAACAAUGAGACCAAUGUGCGUCGCACCCCAGGGGGUUUAUUGUUCAUCCGCCAAUGGAACAACAUGCAGUAUGUAUCUACGGCGUCGUUUCUGCUCACAGUUUACAGUGAUUAUCUUCAGUCCACAAAUCAGACGCUCAAAUGUGACCGUGGCAGCUUGAACCCACAAGAAAUUUUUGUCUUUGCUAAAUCACAGGUUGAUUACAUCUUGGGUGCUAAUCCAAUGAGUAUAAGUUACUUGGUUGGCUAUGGCUUAAAUUUCCCUCAAAGGGUGCACCACAGAGGAGCCUCUAUUGAAUCAUACAAAGGGAAUAAGGGUUUCAUUGGGUGCACUCAAGGUUAUGAUAAUUGGUUUAAACGGCUUGAUCCUAACCCUAAUGUUGUUGUUGGGGCCCUGGUUGGAGGGCCAGAUGAGAAUGAUCUAUUUAUAGAUCAACGGUCAGAUUUUGCACAGACAGAGGCCUGCACAUAUAAUACGGCAACACUUGCUGGUGUUUUAGCUAGAUUACAUAGAUUAAUCAGUCAUGAUUCACAUAUUAGUCCUUUAAUUGCUUCUAGCUAA